AUGACCUGUUGCCAAUGUUUUGCCGACAAGAUGUUCUACGAUAACAAAAUGAGAUGCUCAUCCUGCUCAGAGAGUCUAGAGCCAAUUAAACCUCCGUGUGAAGACAAUGACCACGUUUUUAUUUACGUGGAUGAUUCCAAUAUGUGGAUCGAAGCGAAGAAGCUGGCUGCCAACAAGUUGAAUUUUAAAUGCGUGGAGGAUCCUAGGCUUCGUUUGGACAUUGGAAAAGUAACGGAUGUUGUUGCUAAUAACAGAAAAGUUGCCUGGGGAAUCCUGUAUGGAUCAGAGCCUCCGCCAAUAGACUCCGUGUGGCAGAAAAUCAGGGAGCGUGGUUGGAAAGUGAUCAUCACUCAAAGAAGUUCUUUUACCGGGAAGGAAAAGCAGGUUGACCACCAGAUGGUCGCCGAUAUAACAGCGCUGGUUUCCGGUUGCAUCGUUAAAGGAAAGAUAGUGAUGGUGAGUGGGGAUGCUGACAUGAUACCAGCUAUCAAGAAAAGUUUGGAGAUGGAAUGGUCCACUGAGAUCUGGAUGUGGAAGAAUAGUGUUUCGAAUUCACUGAGAAAACUAGCAGAGAAAAACUCAGGAUCUAUGAGCAUAAAUAUACUUGACUCGCGCCUAGAAGAAGUCACGUUUACUAAUUUUACAUUUGACCGAAAAAAGAUCCCAGACACGAGAACUGUUAUCAUUAAAGAUAUAGAUUUUAUUCCCGAUGAAACUUGGCAAAAAAAGCUAAGCGAAAAACUAGGUUGGCCUUUCCAGAUCUGGAAAGGGCAAGAAAAGUUCCAAAACCCUGUGAGAUUUUAAGGACGUAAUCCUUAUUUUUUCGAAUGCGAAAGCAAGAGACGAGAAAGACUUCGAGAAACAUCAUUUUGAAAAAUCUUUGGAGAUCUAG